GAGCAAGCUGCCUGGCGCCAUGUCUCGCUUUGUCCGCCCGUCCUCGUUCCGGCACACGUACGGCACUCCGGCCAAGCCCGAGAACCGCUACGACAACAUCAAGAUCAGCGCCUCGGCGUGGGACACCAACCUCGUCAGCGCCAACGACAAGUACCUCGCCGUCAACUGGCAGGCCUCGGGCGGCGGCGCCUUCCUCGUCUCGCCUCUCGACCUCACGGGCAAGCUCCCCGACUUGUUUCCGCUCGACGGCAAGCUCGCCCUGACGCGCGUCGACGACGCCCUCCUGCGCGACGCGUGGUCGGGCGACCGCAAGGACCUUCCCGACCUCGAGCCGCUGUGGCGCCAGAACGCGCACGGUCGCAAGGCGGGUCACGUGCGCUUCCACCCUGCAGCGCACAACGUCGUCGCGACGGCGAGCAACGACGUCAAGAUCUGGGACCUCGACCACCAAAAGUCGGUCCUGCAGAGCGAGACGCACGCUGACAUGGUCCAGUCGUUCGACUGGGACUGGUGCGGCGGCGUGUACGCGACGACGUGCAAGGACAAGAAGCUGCGCCUGUUUGACCCGCGCGCCGGGAGCGCCGCCGUCACGGUCGCCGACUCGCACUCGGGCGUCAAGGGCUCGCGCGUCACGUGGCUCGGCCAGCUCGACCGCAUCGUCACGACGGGCUUUUCGCGUACGAGCGACCGCCAGGCGUUCCUGUGGGACUCGCGCGAGCUCACAAAGGGCCCCGUCAAGCAGCUCAACAUCGACCAGAGCUCGGGCGGCCUCAUCCCCAUGUUCAUCCCGGGCAACAACGUCCUCCUCCUUGCUGGCAAGGGCGACGGCAACGUCCGCAUGUACGAGUACGACAACGACGAGCUCUUCUACCUGUCCGACUACACGAGCCCGCACCCGCAGCGCGGCAUGUGCCUCGCGCCCGCACGCUCGGUCAACGUGGCCGAGACCGAGAUUGCCCGGGUGUACAAGGCGUUCGGGACGACGAUCGAGCCCAUCUCGUUCCGCGUGCCGCGCAAGUCCGAGUCGUUCCAAGCCGACCUGUUCCCUCCCGCGCCCUCUGCCCAGCCGGCCCUCUCGGCCCAGGACUGGUUCGCCGGCAAGACGGCGCCGCCCAACCUGCUCGACAUGGAGACGCGUCAGGAGGCGGCCCAGACGGCCCAGGCACCGCCGCCGCUCGCCAAGCAGCAGCAGCAGCAGCACGCCGCCGCCUCGCCUGCACCUGCGGCAGCGGCGGCAGCGGCGGCAGCGGCGGCAGCGGCGGCCCCAAAGCAGCCCUCGCCCGUCCCGACGCCCCCGCGCUCCGCAUCGCCCGCGCCUCCUCCUCCCGCCGCCGCCCCUCAGCAGCAGCAGCAGCCCUCGCGCCCGUCGACGCCCGCCUCGGGCUCGGGCUCGGGCCCGGACCCGACGCGUGCCGCCGCGCUCGACAGCGUCGGGACGGUGGCCAACGCCGGUGGGGCGACGCUCGCGCGUGCGAAUGGGGUUGAGCCUGCUGCGUCGUCGUCGGCGGCGGCGGUGGGCGGCGCGAUGAACGGCCGAGGGGGCGAGGGCGAGCGCGAGGGAGAGCGGGGGAGAGAGGGAGAGAGCGACGAGCCGAGGGACGACGAGGUGCGCGCGCUCAAGGCGGCGCUCGCCGAGAAGGACGCCGUCAUUCGCGAGCUCGAGCUCAAGCUUGAGCGGGUCAAGAUCGCGAUUGCGUGAGCGAGCGAGCGAGGGAGGAGGGGGGGGGGGGGCGAGCGUGAGUGCGAGGAGCGAAGAGGAGGGAGGAGCGAGGAGCGAGGAGGAGCGUCGUGUCCAUCCCGAGCCUGUAUUCAGCCAAGCCGUUCCCAUUUC